GCUAAACGGAGCGGGAAAUUUGGAUUCGAAUUUGGAUUUCUUCAGUGAUGACCGACCGAACUUCCGAAGGAGGCAGUCGAAACAAGAGGCACUGCCUUACAGCUGGAAAUUAAGGCAAAAAAAUAGUAUUUAAUAUCGGAAAAUAUACCAAAAAUCGAGGCAAAUAUCUAUAACUAGUGUUCGUCGGUUUUUUCCGACCGAAAGCCGUCGGAAAACUUAUGUUAUAUAAGUUUAUUUUGUGGACCAUAUCUCAUUUCGUGACUUCUAUUCCUCUUCACUCCAGCGGCGGCACCUCUUUUUAGGGUUUCUUCUCUCUUUGAGCUAAGAUGGAGCUUGAACAUCGUAGAUGGAUGUAUAAUAGGUGUUAUCGUGAUCAGCGGGAGUUAAGAGAGGAAUUUAUAGAAGGGGUUGCAGGAUUUAUUGCUCGGGGGAAAACACUUUAUGAAUUCCUCACUGGAGGGAUGAUUAGGUGCCCUUGUGUGAAAUGCAAAUGUGAGAAGUUUUUGAAACCUAAGGACAUUAAAGAUCAUCUUUAUAAGAAGGGGUUUAUGAAAAAUUAUUAUGUGUGGAUUUUUCAUGGAGAAAUUGAUACCAAUGCCCGUGUUUUCGAUUUUCAAAAAUUUUCUAGGGGUGAGAGUAGUCCACUGGUGGAGAAGAACUUUGAAAAUUCUCGAUUCAAUAAAAUGGUUAAGGAUGCUUCUGGGAUGUUCUCAGGUGUUCAAUCCCAACCAAGUGUUCAGCAUUCUCCCAAUGAUGAGGCUAAGCGCUUCUAUGAACACUUAGAGGAAGCUAGUCAUCCACUCUAUGAAGGCUCAAUGCAUUCUAAGUUGUCUGUUGCACAUGGAUUACUUUUUAUUAAAUCGCAUUGGAAUGUUUCGGUAGCGGCCAUGGACUAUAUCAUUGGGCUUAUGAAUGAACUUGAUCCGAAUAAAAUUGACUUACCCAAUAAUUACUAUACGACAAAGAAAUUGGUUCCCAAACGUGGAGAGGUUGGAGCAUUGGAUGGUCUUCAGAGGUUGAUUAUCGCUCCCGAUGGGACUAAUGGGUUUUUUCCCAACACGCUAUCUACGAGGGCGGUUAUGGAUUGUUUUAUAGCAUUUUAUCGUCACGCUUGGGAAACCUGGAGAGAAAUACCUUACAUUGUCAGAGACCAUAUGUGGAAUUACUUUAAGGUGAAGUGUUCAUGGUAUGCCCAACAUGAUCAUCAAAUAAGUUGUAAUUUCGAGAAGAAAGUUGCUGAUAUGCUUAAAGAUACCUUGAGGACUGCUCAGAGAAAGCGUCAGAAGCCCACCUGGAUGUUAGAAGAUAUAUGGACUAGACUCAAUGAGAAGCGGGACAUUGCAGAAUUUCAGAAGAAGAGCACCAAAGGAAAGGCCGCCCGUGCCUCCAAGAAGGGCUCGUUGCACAACGGCGGUUCAGAAAAGUUAAAAGGGAGAACUAUGAAUGAUGAGGUCUUUGAGGAGACACAUGUGAAAAAGAAAAAAGAUGGUACAAGAAGUUUGGUCAAGCCACAUGCUGAGGGGACAUAUGAUGGACAUACAAAAGGUUUGGAUGAAUGGCGUCAAAGCCAGCCCGUUGGAGGUAGCUCAACCCAGCCAUCAUCCGAUGAUGUUGCUUCAAGAUUGUCUGGUGCUUCUUCUAGUUCUUCGCAGAAUGAGGAAGAGAUAGAUUCAUUGCGGAGACAAAUACAAGAGACGUCGGAAAAGCACGAAGCAAAUAGUUUAAAACUUGAUAGACUGGAGGAUUUAAUGCAUAAACUCAUGGAUAGUCGUCGAUCUGAUCCACAGUCUGACUCUGAUAACGAGAAUUAGUUUGUUCCAGUUGUGAUGUUUGAAGCAUUUACUUGUUUGAUUUUGUUGUGAUGUUACUUGAAUGGUGUUUGAAUGUUUAGGCUUGUAUUUUGGAUGUUUUAAUUACAACGUUUAUGUUGAAUACUUUAGUUGUUGGAAUUUUAAGGGUUUGAUUGGUUGGAAUUGGUGGAUUGACGGCUUGGAAUUGGUGGAUUGAUUGUUUGGU